AUGACACUAAGUUGGUCAUUGGACCAUCAUACUAAGACCAUCACCACCUGGCCUGAGGACGCCCUCCCCCGACUACAGGACUGCUUCGAAAAUACACAGUGGGAAGCCUUCUAUCACGAAGACCUGGAAAUAUUCACAGAUGCAGUACUGUCCUACAUCAAGUACUGUAUUGGGAAUGUCACUGUUGAAAAGAGGAUCUGGGUGUUCCCAAACCAGAAACCCUGGAUGACGCGCCAGGUCCGUAUGCUCCUCCGGGCCCGUGACUCAGCCUUCAGGUCAGGCGACAGAGCAUUGUACAGCGCCGCUCGUGCCAACCUGAAGAGAGGCAUUAGGACUGCCAAAGGUGAAUAUAAGAGGAGGAUAGAGGAACAUCUAAACAAUCCAAGGCAAGUGUGGCGGGGCAUACAGACCAUCACCAACUACAAAGGCUGUGCCGUGACACCCGGGAACUUGGAUGCGGGACUGGCAGAGGAGCUGAACAGCUUCUUUGCCCGCUUUGAGGUUGAGUCCUACUGUAGGAGGUUCACCCAGAGCCACUGGCUCAGCCUGAUGUCCGGGGACCCGGACCAAGACACCACCGCCAUCGGAAUAGAGAUUCUACACGAAAUCGUUCUGACCAUUUCGGACGUGGUCGGGCAGAAGAUUCAAAGCCAGAGCUGCGUCACAGAGGAAGAGGUGUCGGCCGCCAUCAGGGACACUUUUCCUCAGACUCUGGCUGGGGUCAUGGAAACUGAAGAUGACGUCCAGCUGGAGUCCAACUCUGCGGCAAAUGAAGAUCCAGAUGUUUUUAAAUUUGAGGAAACACAGACUGAGCAGGAACCAGAGACACUAAAAGAGCCGAAGACAAACCAGAGGGACGUGGUGACUCUUCUCUUCUGCUGUGCCAACACGGAUGCGAUUUCCCCUCUUAAGGAGCCAAAGGAUCAGCCGGAAGAAAACAAGGGGACUGAACCAGGAGAAACGGCGGAUGAGGUGUCCAUGAGGCAGGAGAGAGAAGCAAACAGGCUUUGGUGCAAAGUUCUAGUGGAACACUUUAUGCGGCCGGGGUCAGAGGUCCCAGUCAGGGUGGACCGACCCAGCUCAGGGUGGACCGAUCCACCCAGAGUGGACCGACCCACCCAGGAUGGACCGACCCAACUCAGAGUGGACCGAUCUAUCUAG